AUGUCCGAUUCCCCAGCCCCCGAGAUCCUCCUCUUCGCCCGCGGCGUCAUCGCCCUCCUGGACCUCUGGCCCGCCCUCACCAUUGCGGUCCGGGAAGGCUGGGGUGGCCACGACAGUGCGGAGAAGAAGACUUUCCUCGCCUCCGAGAUCGUCGAGCUGUUCGACACGCGUGCAGACCGGCUUCCAGACAACACGAUCGAUCCCAAGGGCGACGACCCGCUCGACCGCGACCAGGUCUCCGACCUGCUUGCGCAGGUCAUGAGCGACGAGUUUGAGGCCGCUGUCGAGGACGACAGCCUGGACCCACUCGGCGCGGAUAUCGUGCGCUGCUGGCGCGACGUGCUCGCCGGUAAGGUGGAGGUUGUUGAGGGGCUCGAGAACAAGGCGGCCGAGGUUGGUCGGAUGGGCGUUAAGGCGCAGAGUGGGGGCGGUGAGGUCGAGGUCGAUUCGGAGGGGGAGGAGUGGGAGAGCGACGAUGAGGCCCCGGAACUUGUGCCGGUUGCUCAUGAACCUAAGGAGCGCCAGGACCCUGUUGUCGACGACGAUGGGUUCACGCUCGUCCAGAAGCCCCGCCGCCGCUAG